AUCAGUGUGCGCAUGCGCAGAGGCGGCGGCUCGAUGUACGCAACACCGGCGCUGGGCUGGAGUUUGACGUGGCACUCUCGGCACGCAAUUCAACAUCAGCAGAGGAAAGGACGCAUCGUUUGCCUUCAGGUCACCCUUUUUUGUCCCAGACUGGAACGAAAGACGUAUAACAGUAGGAUGAGUCAGCAAGGUUAUGUUGCCGCCCCUCCAUACUCCCAGGCCCAGGCUGGAAUGGGGGGAUACUCUGCUGGUUUUGGGAACCCCCCACCUCAGUCGCAUUAUGGCGCCUAUGGAUCUCCACCACAGGGUUAUUCCGCCCCUCCGACAGGUGUGCUCAAGCCUCCUGCCUCCUCUCCUUCUGGGAUGCCUCCACCACCAGUAUCCAGCCAGUAUGGUGCUAAUAUUCAGCAGAAUGGGGCCCAUCCCCACAGUUUCCCUCCACCUGUUGCUUCAGCUCCUUCCAUGUCUCCUUAUGGACAGCCUCCUCAAAGUGCUUUUCAUAGUAUGGCACAAGCCCCACCUCCAACUCAACAGCUGACAAAUCAGAUGAGUGCCAUGAACAUUGGAGGAUAUGGCCAAAGGCCCAUGCAGGUACCACAGUCUCCUUCCAGCUCAGCAGCACCACAACAAUAUCAAACAUCACCACCACUAGCAAUGGGACAUCCGCUCCUUUUUCUACCAGGACAGCAGCCGUCCUCUCUUGGAUCUCCUCCACCAAUGGCCACGAUGGGUUCUAUGGCAGCUCCGCCAAUGGGAAUGUCUGGCCCACCUCGACCAGGUGUCCACCAACCACCACUGGGACCCCAAGGCUAUCCACAGCAACCAGGUAGCCCGAUUUCAGGCCCGUAUGGUGCACAAAUGGCAGGGCCACAGUCCGGCGCUUUCCCAGGAGGCUUUCCUGGAGGUCCAGCACAAAUGGCAGGCCCUCCUCAGAAGAAGCUGGACCCAGACUCUAUUCCAAGCACGACGCAAGUGAUUGAGGAUGACCAGGCUAAGAGAGGAGGCCAGGUGUAUGUCACAAACAUCAGAGGUCAGGUGCCUCCACUGGUCACCACAGAUUUCACAGUGCAGGAUCAAGGGAAUGCCAGCCCUAGGUUCAUGCGGUGCACAACAUAUUCCUUCCCCAGCACUGCUGACCUUGCAAAGCAGUGCAAAGUGCCUCUGGCAGCCAUCAUCAAACCCUUCGCCACCGUGCCCAAAAAUGAGACUCCUCUGUACAUUGUAAAUCACGGUGAGACUGGACCAAUCCGCUGCAACCGCUGCAAGGCCUACAUGUGUCCUUACAUGCAGUUUAUCGAUGGAGGACGACGCUACCAGUGUGGCUUCUGCAGCUGCGUUAAUGAAGUUCCAGUGCAGUAUUUCCAGCAUUUGGACCAUAUGGGGAGAAGAAUGGAUCUGUAUGAGAGACCAGAACUGUCUUUGGGCUCAUAUGAGUUCAUUGCCACACUGGAUUACUGCAAGAAUAAUAAGCCUCCAAAUCCUCCUGCCUACAUCUUCAUGAUCGAUGUCUCCUACAACAACAUAAAAAGUGGACUUGUCAAACUAAUAUGCGAGGAACUGAAGACACUGCUUGACCGACUUCCAAAAGAGGAGGGAGCCGAGACUUCGCCCAUCAAAGUGGGUUUUGUCACUUAUAAUAAGAUCCUGCACUUCUAUAAUGUGAAGAGCGCUCUGGCCCAGCCGCAGAUGAUGGUGGUCUCUGAUGUGGCGGAGAUGUUUGUACCGCUUCUCGACGGAUUCCUCGUCAACUUCCAGGAGUCUCGAGCUGUCGUCAACAACCUUUUAGAUCAGAUCCCUGACAUGUUUGCUGACACCAACGAGAGUGAGACGGUUUUCGCUCCGGUCAUCCAAGCUGGUGUGGAGGCACUAAAGGCAGCUGAAUGCAGUGGCAAACUCUUCAUCUUUCAUUCGUCCAUCCCAACAGCAGAGGCUCCAGGAAAACUCAAAAACAGAGAUGACAGAAAAUUAGUGGGUACAGAAAAGGAGAAGACUCUGUUCCAGCCUCAGCGGGGUGUGUAUGAGCAGCUGACUAAAGACUGUGUGGCACAAGGCUGUUGUGUCGACCUCUUCCUGUUUCCCAACCAGUUUGUGGAUAUAGCCACCAUGGGCGAUGUGCCGUCACACACCAGCGGCUCCAUCUACAAGUACAGCAACUUCCAGGUGGAGGUAAAUGGUCCGCAGUUUGUCAGUGACCUCAGGAGAGAUGUGGAGAAGUCCAUCGGAUUCGACGCCAUCAUGCGCGUCCGUACCGGCACAGGCUUCAGGGCAACAGAUUUCUUUGGUGCCAUAUACAUGAACAACACUACAGAUGUGGAAAUGGCAGCAGUGGACUGUGACAAAGCCGUGACGGUCGAGUUUAAACAUGACGACACACUCAGCGAGGAGUCUGGAGCUGUGAUGCAGUGUGCUCUGCUCUACACCACCAUCGGUGGACAGAGGAGGCUGCGGAUUCACAACCUCAGUCUGAACUGCAGCUCUCAGCUGUCUGAACUCUACAAAAGCUGCGAGACAGACGCCCUCAUCAACUUCUUCGCCAAGUCAGCGUAUCGGGCCAUGCUCACCCAGCCACUGAAGACAGUGAGGGAAAUCCUGGUUAACCAGAUGGCUCACAUGCUGGCCUGCUACAGGAAGAGCUGCGCCAGUCCCUCAGCUGCCAGCCAGCUAAUCCUGCCUGAUGCCAUGAAGGUGUUUCCCGUCUACAUGAACCACAAAAACAACUGCAGUGAUAACUCUAGCGUUAUAAUUGUCUUUCAGCAGAUGUCAUUACCUGUGCUGGAUAAUGCUCAUUCCAGGAAGAUCCAUUCAAUCAUCUCCAGCAUUUCACAGCAGAGGGCCACAUCCAUGAAGCUGCUGAUAGUGAAGCAGAAGGACCAAUCAGAGAUGUUGUUCCGUCAGCACCUGGUGGAGGACAAGGGUCUUCAUGGAGGAGCGUCCUACAUGGACUUCCUGUGCUACGUCCACCGUGAGAUCAGGCAGCUACUUACUUAACACACACACACACACACACACACACACACACACACACACACACACACACACACACAGUUAAGUGUGUCACAGCGCACAGCCCUCUUCUCAUAUAACCUCUACAGCUGCCUAUGAUAUAUGACCAAACUCUCUUUCUGCAGUGAGAACUUUCUGCUUUGUUCCUCAGUGUUUGACAUGAGGGAUGCUGGUAAAUGGGUGUUUAGAUUGAACAAAUUAAAAUGUGCCACAUCUCCCUGUUCUGAGGAGCGAUUAUAUUGAGAUCGUCUGAAUGAUUUUCUUAAAUCAUUCCCCCAGAUUACAUUUACCAAAGGGAAACCUUUCUUUAAAUCCUUAAUGCAGCAAAAUAAAAAAAAAAUAAAAAAAUGGGCUCAUAAUGUCUGGAGUGCAAAAUAGUGUUCUCAGAUGAAAAAUCUGUGCAGUUUCUAUUAAAUUAAUAGACUGAUUUGUGACUGGAUAUAUACAGUACAAAACAUGCUCUUUUUCUUUUUUUGACUUCAGGGAUGAAAACAUCACACAAAACUGAAUUCUAGUCAUGUACAAAAAUUGUCUUGCAAUGGAAUCGCUGUGUCUGCUAUCCCAAUUGUUUUUUUUUUAAAGUAACAUCUUUUUCUUCAUUUUUUUACUCAAUGUUAUUUUGCACAUCGUGUUUAUGUUUUGUUUGUAUGUUUCCAAUACUUCAAAAUGUGUAAAGGGAUGCCAAUGCUUUCCAACAUCAUGCCAGUGAUUUUCGCAAGAUGAACACUAGAUAUUCAGGUAGUUAAAAGUUUAACUAUUAGACCUUCAAAGAAAACAUCUUUUUUUCUUUUUCUUUUUUAAACCAAAAUAAUUGAACAUUGAUUAAAAGUGGAAUGUCCCUUUUAUUUUGUUGCAGUUAAUGUCAGUCAUUAUUUGUUAUUCUUAACUUCAUACAGUUUUGCUCUUUGAGACAUUUCCAAUCUGAUAUGUUUUAUAACAUGAGCAAUUAUUAUACUAAAUUUGCCUUUAUUUUUUUCUGACUUUUAAUGGUACAUUGCUGGACCAAUACUGUAUAUUUUCUUACAGUUUGAGAUGGGUUUUAAGAACUCGUAAGCAACUACACCUCAGGUCACAUGCAUCUAGCCUUUGUACCUGUUCAUUAGUGCUUUGGAACCGACACAUAUGUGGUUCUUCGUAUUGAACACAGAAAGGAUUCAUUUCUGGAAGCAGAAGGCAGCCUGUCUUGUACAUUUCAAUAUAAAGCCUUUAUACAGCUGUUUUUGAAUAAAGGUGUAGUCCCUGUUAA